AUGAAUCAGUCUUGCAAUACAGGCGAGUCGCCGAGGAAUGCGCCCACAGGGUCGAAUACAGCAUACCCCGAUCAAUUGAAUCCCCAAACCGCUCUCCUCGAUGCCUUCUUCCCCGGGUUCUCGUUGCUCUCCUCUGCUCUUUCCAGAUACUCCUCAGUCGACCUGACUCUCUAUUUCCCAACCUUGCUCGCUUUCGGUCUUCUUAUUUUUGGAGGACGCUAUCUGAACGAAUGGCUCUGGAGCUUUCUCAAUGAGCACGCUAUGUCUACAGCCGAUAUCAGGACAGAUGACGAGAUGUAUAAUAUGUUCAUGGGAUGGGUUGCCAACCAGAAAUUCGCUCAGCGUUCUCGCCGGUUUGUGGCCAACACGGAUCUAAACAGCCGCACGUGGUUUCUAUUCCGAGAUUACGACGACGACGAUGAUAAGGAUGAUGAAGUGACCGUUGACUUCGAUGACAACGGUAACCCAUUCUCCCGCGUUGGAACUGGGAAGCAGCAGAAAAAGGUCCGGUUUACUCCAUCCUUUGGAACACAUUACUUUUGGUAUAAAAAGCAUAUUCUUCUCUUCAGCAGAACCCAAGAUACUCGUCAAGGAGGCUACGCAUCCAUGAGUGAGCGUGAAGAGAUAUCCGUUUCGUGCUUUGGUCGAAACCCUGCCAUUCUCAAGGAGCUCCUCGACGAUUGUAGAACCGACUUCCUCUCCCACGACGAGAACAGGACUAUCAUCUACCGUGGUGGUAUGAAGUCCGGAACCGCGGAGCCGAACUGGGUCCGCUGCAUCUCCCGCGUCUCUCGUCCCUUUUCCACCAUCGUACUCGACGAAGCAGUAAAGCAAAGCCUGCUUGACGACAUGAAAGACUACCUGCACCCUUACACGCGACGCUGGUAUUCUAACAGAGGAAUUCCCUACCGACGUGGCUACCUCCUUUAUGGCCCACCAGGAACAGGAAAAAGCAGUCUGAGUUUCGCCAUUGCUGGCCAUUUCAAGCUCAAGAUCUACAUCGUGUCCCUCAACUCCCCCGCUAUGAACGAAGAGAACCUCAGCCAGCUCUUCUCCGAACUCCCAAAGCAAUGCGUCGUCUUACUCGAAGACAUCGAUACCGCCGGCCUAACACAUACUCGAGACGAAAAAUCCACCAGUGAAGAAGAAGUGUCCAAGCCUCUCGUAACAGCCGUUCCGGGUACCACAGUCAUUAGUCCCGCCACCCCACCCCCCAGCACCGGAGGUCGAAUCUCUCUUUCCGCACUCCUCAACAUCCUUGACGGAGUAGCAAGCCAAGAGGGCAGAGUACUGAUCAUGACCACGAACCACAUUGCAAAACUCGACGAUGCCCUAAUCCGCCCAGGCCGCGUCGACAUGACAGUAAAAUUCGACCUCGCCUCCCGCGAAAUGAUAAACACCAUCUUCCGCUCCAUCUUCGCCACCCUCGAAGGCGACAUCCCGGGCCCCAAAUCCGGCGGUGCCAUCAUCCGCACACCUUCCAAAACCCACGCGCUGGAAGAGAAACUCCGCGUGGAGAAAGAGCGGGAGGAGGAAGAGGAAAUGGCUGAGGUGUUGAAGCGGAAAGAGGAGAAGGUCAAGAAGCUGGGUGUGGAGUUUGCUGACCUCCUCCCGGCCAUGGCGUUCAGCCCAGCAGAAAUUCAGGGAUAUUUGCUGAAGCAUAAACGUGAUCCGGAGGCUGCUAUCAACGGGGCCUCGGAAUGGGUUGUUACGAUGGAGUUAGAUAAGAAGAAGAAGAAAGCGAAAGAGGAACGUGAGGAGAAGGCGCGAGUCGAAAAAGAGAAACAGGAGGCUGAGAAGGCUGCGAAAGAGGCUGCGAAAGAGGCUGCGAAAGAGACCGAAGGGGAAGGGAAGAAGGUUGAGCCUGCGGACGCUGAGAGAAAAUGCUCGUGUAAGAACGAACCAUUAGUAAAUGGUAUCAAGAAGCCAGAGGAAGCCACCUCGACUUGA